GAGCAGCUGGAAUAAUCAAUAACUCACCGCAGACCUAAUCUUUCAAAAUCUAACCAUCAGUUUAAAGAAGUUGGCGCCACAGAAGCUGCUCGGCGAUCCUGGCGCUCCAGUUUCCCUCUGAGUGGGGAUAAUUGGAGGAGGAGGAGGAGGAGGAGACAGAGAGGGAGGUGCAGCAGGCAGACGGGAGGCGGACGGCAGCCCAGUCUGCGCUCAGUUCAGGGAGACGAAGCUCCGCGUUCACCUGCUCCAUCUUUCAACAAGUGAAAACGUGAGAAACAGAUUUCCUCCACAACAAACGGCGAAACUCAUCCUGCCUCUUUCCACCUGAGUUGGAAAAACCAGAGGAACUCCAAACAUUUCCGUCAAGAAGGAGAAGAAGCUUCAACUCGUUUCGAACAUGACAUGAUGUUUGGAAUCUGCCGUUUUUCCUGGUGUUAAUCUGGAGAUUACAGCUUUCCACUGGAAUAUGUUCUGGAUGAAACAUGCAUCAAAAGACUGUUUAGGAUCAAUUUUAAUGGAUUAUCUCAAGAUAAGAUUCCACGUUUCCACAAAUGAACUGCUAAUUUUGUCUUACUAAAGUCUGAUGAGGGAGACAAUCAGGCCGGACGAUGAAGUCUUCUGCCUGACAGGACGUUGUGGAAGUCCCUGCUGAGUAUGCAGGACGUUGCGAGGCCUCGGAUGUUUGGCUUCGCCCUGCUGUGGGGCGUGAUUCUCCUACAUAGCGCGUCCGUGACGGCGUGUCCCUCCAGCUGCCACUGCAUGGAGAAGAACGGCUUGACGGUGGUCCAAUGCAUGUCUCGCAACCUAGAGAGGAUCCCCGCUGACCUUCCCAGGGACACAGUCGUCCUGCUUUUGGCAGCCAACCACAUCACCCACAUUCCCAACCACGCCUUCAGAGAGCUGCACUACCUGCAGGAGCUGGACCUGUCCAACAACGACAUCGAGACAGUGGACAUGGGCGCGUUCCUGGGCGUCUCCGACAGCCUCUUGGUGCUGGAUCUAUCCAACAAUCACAUCCAGAGCGUCCCCAAGGAGGCGUUCGCCCGCCUGCGGGCCAAAAUCAGCCUCUCCAACAACCCGUGGCACUGCGAGUGCACGCUGCAGGAGGUGCUGCGGGAGCUGCGGCUGGACCCGGAGACGGUCAACGAGGUGAUCUGCCACACGGCGGUGCAGGAGGAGUACGCCGGCAAGCCGGUCAUCCAGGUGCUGGACUCAGGGAUCAACUUCUGCAACUUCCACCACAAGACGACCGACGUGGCCAUGUUUGUCACCAUGUUCGGCUGGUUCACCAUGGUGAUCGCGUACGUGAUCUACUAUGUCAGACACAACCAGGAGGACGCCAGGAGGCACCUGGAGUACCUCAAGUCACUGCCCAGCAACUCUCAGAUCAGCAAGGACUUUGACACCAUCAGUACGGUUCUUUAACAGGAGACGAGUGCGACGGCUGGAGGAAGCGUUUACAUACGCCACGAUGUACGCAGAGUCCUGGUAGGGUCACCACGAACCUUCACCAUGGAACAAAAGCUUUUCUGAUUGGAUGAGUAUUCCGACAUUUUCUACCAGUCAUAACAAUGGCUCAUAAUUUCUGUUUGCAAACACAACAUUCAAAACUACAGAUUAUUUUACUUGGGUUACAUUAACAAUCUACUUUGACUCUUGGUGGAGGGAAAAGCCAGAAUCAAUCUCACAACCUUUGAGUGGAGGACUUUUCCCCGAGUGGCCACAGUUUUAAAACAAAUCAGUUAAUACAGGCUGUUGUCACACCUGAAGGUCCAGUAGAUUCUGUUAGGAACCAAAACCGAAACAUCUACUCCAUCUCCACCUGCCGUGGUUCUCUUUCUCUCUGCUCUGAGUCAAACCAACCAAACACAGAUUACAGCAAAAGACUUGGGAAAUUUAUUGUAAAUACAAUAGAUUGUUGUGUUUUAGCUAACUCCGAAAGAUGCUAAUGCUUUAAAAACCAACAUUUUUUGAUAUUUAUCAGCUCUUAUUCUGAAAUAUGAGAAUUCAUCUCUGAUUUCUAAACCAAGUUCAACUUAAACCUCUAUGCCAUAACAGCUGGAGAAGAAAAGCACAAAAUAAGGCAGGCCUGUUAAACCUUCUCAUCAGUUAUGAUAUAUUUUUACUGAACAGAUUUCUGUUGAUGCUUUGAUGUGAUUGAAUCGUGAAAGUGGAGGGGAAGGCCGGAGUCUCCUGGUCGCUUUGCUGCGGCUGAUUUAUGCCGCAGAUGUCCCAAAGUCAAGGUGAAGACGAUUUUAUGAGCUACGCGCUAAUUUAUGAAGCCGCUCCAGAUGCUAGCAUAAAAUAGCAAAGCUUCAAAUAAACUGGAGAGCUCUUAGAAAGGAUGCUCCUUAUGUCCCGCUGGAGCCAACAGAUCAUUUACAAAAGGAAAAGUUUCCAGAUUUUUUAUUCUUUUUAAUGCACUUUGAAAUCAUUAAGAUUUUUGGAUCCCAUCGUUGGGUUUAAAUCCUAAACUUCUCAGAAACGUCUUUACCAGGCUGGGAUUUGACUUUUUAAUGCUUUAAUAUGUGAUAAUAUAUACGAACGCUCUCCACAGCCUUGGACGUUUCCAAAUGUUUGAACCUGCUUAAUUCCUGCAUAUCAAAUAUGUUGGACUUUUUGGACUUGGUGCAUAAAUUACAAGCAAACAGCUGCUGAUCUGGACAACAGGAGGACAUUAUGGUUCUUUUACAGCUGCUGCACUUUAUCCACCUAAUACCCCAUUUUUUAUUUUUUUUUACUGCCAAUAUUCUGUGUCCUUGUAAAGAUUAGCGCGCUUUGAGCUGCUGUUUUCUUUCCAUAAAGUGGAAAUAUGUUUAUUUAAACAAAAAUAUGAUUUGGAGUCUAUUGAAAAGGAAGGAUUUAUUUGUUGUAGCUGCAGCGAUGAGCAGAUGUUUGGAUCUGAACUGUUAAUUUUAUCACAUUGUAAAUAAACUGAUUUAGGAAAAUGCCAGAAGCUGGAAAUCAAAAUAAUGUGAUUCUGGUCACCUCACCUGCUGCUUGUUUGGCUGCAGAAGUUAAAAUGUUCAUGUAGAGUCCAGAAAUGCUUCAACAUUCACUCUACGGAGGACUCAUCCUGCCAAAAUUAGCAAUAAAAAUGGAAAUGAAUAAAUGUCUUGAAGAAAUAAUUAACAGUCCCUGAAGAGUGAAUUUUUCCCCAAAGCGCAACACUUUCAAAUAUUAAAAACCAUGAAAAAAACAGCAGAGAAAAAAACCGAAUCAACUACAGAAUUAUUAGAACGAGGUUAAAAUGAAAAAAGAUCAAAUGGAAACAAUAUUAAAACUAUGCUAAAUCAAAUUCAGUAAUAAAAUAAAACCACAGAGAACAAGAGAUUAACAAAUACGUCACAGAACAUGCAAAUUAUGUCAAAAUUUCAUUUUUGCUCCAGGCUUGUGGUUUUCCAAGCGAAGAUCUAAUUUGAAAUGAAGUUAGCGCUUCAGCAUUAGUAGCUAGUGCUACUAUUUAGCACACUAAUGCUAAAGGUUUAGCUCUGUAGCAUUAGCGGGACAAAUGUUUUUGAUCACUGCUUCAUGAUCUUUGAAUAUAAGUUAGCGUGUUAGCAUUAGCUAAAUACCAUGUGCUUUAGCGCACAUUAGUUGCUAACGCAGAAUGUUUAUGAUUGAUGCUCUUUUCCUGGAAGGUUUUCUCUCAUUUGUGGCAAACAGAUUUUUAUCUUAAGUCCAAAUAAUUCAGUUUUAGACUAAUUUGUCCAAAGAAUUUAUUUAAAUAAAUUCUGAUUUUUGUCUCAAAUUUUGCUCCGACUUUCAUGUUUUACUUGAAAAAUUGUUUCCUCCUUCCAUGUCAUUAGUUUGAAUUGUUUGGUUAUAUUACUGAAAUAUUUCAAUAUUGUUGAAAUUGAAAGUUAAGUUAGGAAACGUUGAGUACAAAUAAAAACAGAGAAUAUCAAAGUUGGUUUAUGAUUUGAUGAAUAAACUCCAGCUCCAAACAUAAAUUCAAACUAAUCAUCAUUUUAGAUAUUUUUGCCACGUUUGGCCUGGGAGUAGAUGUGAUUUUGGUGUUUUCUGAGGCCGUAUGUUGGAGUUAAUUGUGAAUAAGUGCCUAUCCUGUGGGAUUUCUGCACCGCAGCACUGUGCACUACGGCGGGCAGCCGGGUGUCUGUCUGUCCACUGCAGCCAUCAGAGGCGGAAAACGUCUUUAAACGUCGAUGUUUCGUGUUUUUGUGCCCUAACUGUACCUGCUGUCGUGUGCCGACCUACGCAGUCGUUUAAAUAAAUGCAAACUACUAAUUUAUGACAAAUCCACACUAAUUUCACUUACUGUAUUCCGUCUGUCAGUCUGUGCAGUUUUAACAGAGUCAUGUUACAUAUUUUAUGUUUUUCUCUGUUAAUUUGUAAUUUGCUGUCUUUGGAUACUUUGUUAUGUAUGUUAUAAAGUAAA